GCCGGCCGGAGUAGGUGCACCCUACACCGCUGUUUGAAGAGAUGGUUACCGUUUCGGGUUGUGUAACGAUUGGUGGGUAGAGUGCAGGCAGCUGCAUUGGGAGAGCAUUGGGAGUGGGGCAGCGGACUCCCUUUCGUCUUCUCCCUUUCCAACCCCCUUUCUCCUUCUCCGUUUCCCACCCCCUUUCUCCUGCUCCCUUUCCAACCCCCGUAUUCUUCUCCCUCUUCGUCUCUCGUUCUUCUUCCCCCUGUCCCAGUCCCUUGCGUUUCCUCCCCCUUCCCCCUCGCGUUCCCUCGCCAUUCUCCCCUCCUUCCCUCCCCCUCCCACAGCGCACCAUCCCCAGCUACCCCUUCUCACUCUCACGCCCUUCCCCUCCGCACUUAUGCCUUCUCACUCUCAUACCCUUUCCCUCCCCCCAAUGCCCCUCUCCCUCACAACGUCCUGCCGGUUGAUCAUCUGUUUUCCCCAUCGCUCGCUUAUGAUCUGCCACAUAGCCACUCUGCCCUCCUCCCUCCGCCUCUACCUCCCUUGUCUUGCACCCCCCUCCCCCCCUUCGCCUCUUCCUCCCCUAACUUGCCACUUCCAUCUCACCAUGCGCCUCCCCAUCCCCUCGCUCUCUUUCCCUCUUGCCUUUUCGCCAUCCCUCUCAAGUCCCUUCCCCCCUAAUCCCUUCUUCACGUCCCCAAGUCGUCCCCCCUUCCCCCUCCGCCACUGCCUUGCGCCUUUUGCCUCCCUCCACCCUUCCUCGCGCCCUUCCGUAUUGAGGGAAGGGGGUUUGAGAAGGCAGAAAAAGGAGUGGGAGGCUCCUUUCUCCUGUACCGCCUAAUUUCUGCCUCUUGUCAGCUCCCUUUCUUUCUAGGUUCCCCCUUACUCAUGUCUUAUCUCCCCCCCUCUCCCCUCCCCUCUUGUUCUCCUCUCCUUUCAUCUUUGUUCUGUGCUCCCCUUGCCUCUUGUCAUGUCUCAGCCCUUGUCUCUCCAUACAAUUGAAAAGCUCUCCACCUCACCCCUCCCUCCCUCCCUCUCCCCCUUCCCCUCCUUGUUUCCCUUCUCAUGUGUUGGUUCUGCACAGCUCUGACCAAGAUUCAGCACAUAUGAAGUUUGAGCGUGUGAUGCCAAUAGUACAUCUGCAACAGCAUCUAAAAAAUCACGACCCCUUUGUUUACGGCUAAGGGGUUGUGAGGGAAUAUUGGGGUUUGGGUCCACGGCCACUACUUACCGUUUACACGCAUUUGGGUGAGAUCUGUUGGAAAUAGGCAUGGAGCUGCUGCAAACGUUGCAAUUUCGACCUUUUUCAGGUUGCGCGCCCCCGGAUUUCGUUUCAGCGCGGUCCGAUGUUCAGCAUCGACGGUCGACAAUCCAAUUUUUUUCGAAUGGUUGAGAUUUCUCGACAGACCCUAGGCAUGCGCGAUCGAUUGGUUGAUUGAAAACAUUGUUUCCGCCGAACCAUGAUGUGUACGAAGAUGUUAGAAAGAGACUAUGAAUAGAAUAGGAAGAUAUAG